AUCCAUAAUAAACAAUUUUUGUUCGAGUUAAAUUCAAGUUUUCCUUCUAGUCAAGUUCACAGCACAACAAAACAAGAUGAGUGUUUCUUUGGGUGGAAAAUCAUCUACAUGUUAAACUAAAUCUACCACUCAUGUGUAUUGCUAAUGCAAGUGCCCGUAAUGUACAGGUGGUUAUGGAGAAGAUAGUGGAAUUUGACUUGUUGAAGCAUGCCAAUAAACCUUCAUUUUCUCUUAGUGGGGGCAACAAGCGCAAAUUGUCUGUUGCAAUUGCAAUGAUUGGAGAUCCUCCAAUAGUCAUUCUUGAUGAGCCAUCCACAGGUAUGGAUCCUAUUGCCAAACGAUUUAUGUGGGAAGUAAUAUCCCGGCUAUCAACCAGACGAGGAAAGACUGCAGUUAUUCUAACUACUCACAGCAUGAAUGAAGCUCAAGCACUAUGCACCCGGAUCGGAAUAAUGGUUGGAGGCCAGUUAAGAUGCAUUGGAAGUCCUCAACAUCUGAAAACACGUUUUGGGAAUCAUCUUGAGCUUGAGGUUAAACCAACUGAAGUUAGCUCAAUGGAUCUGGAAAAUUUGUGCCGGUUGAUUCAAGAAAGGCUGUUUGACAUUCCUUCUCAUCCAAGGAGCUUACUCAGUGACCUUGAAGUUUGCAUAGGGGGCACUGACUCCAUAACAUCAGAAAAUGCAUCAGUGGCAGAGAUUAGCUUGACAGAGGAUAUGAUAGUCAUAAUUGGGCAAUGGCUUGGCAAUGAAGAAAGGAUAAAGAUACUUUUAUCUUCAACAGACCUUUCUGCUGGGGUUUUUGGUGAGCAAUUAUCGGAGCAGUUGGUCCGCGAUGGUAUGCCAAUCCUUAGCUGCUUUUUGUUCUUGUUCUUCAUUGCAAAUUUACUCUCAUGGAAAUUAUUUUUUUGAACCUGCUACAUUUUU